AUGAAUGUAGUGAUGUGGUUCACGAGAUUAAAGUUGAUUGUGUUGGGAGUUUCAGUGUUGUUCGAAUGUACUAACUCUGUGGGUGCAAACCAACCGAGAUUCGUGGGUGAGGGGUCAAACGUGACUGUUGCGGUCGGCCGAGAUGCGACAAUCACGUGUAGAGUGGACAACCUGCAAACAUUCAAGGUAGCAUGGCUACGUGUCGACACUCAAACAAUACUAACUAUCGCAGGGCACGUAAUUACAAAGAAUCAUCGUAUUACCAUUACUCAUGGUGACGGAGCUUGGACGCUUAGCCUUCGCGAUGUCGGCCCCCAAGAUAAUGGUUAUUAUAUGUGUCAAGUCAACACCGAGCCUAUGAUGAGUCAAUUGCACCAGCUCCAGGUUGUCGUACCACCAGACAUUGACGAUGACGCAAGUAGCAGUGACGUAAUUGUUACGGAGGGGGACAGUGUUGCCACACGAUGUAUUGCUUCCGGUACGCCGUUACCUACUAUUACGUGGAGAAGAGAAGACUCCAAACAUUUCAUUGUAAAUAGCGAGACCUCAGUGCCAAAAUGGAACGGGUCUUGGUUAAACAUUACGAACGUGCAACGGGAAACAUCAGGGGCCUAUCUAUGUAUAGCAUCAAAUGGAGUCCCGCCAUCGGUCAGCAAGAGGAUACAGAUCAGCGUCAUGUUUACUCCAAAAGUGUGGACGAAUCGGGUGGCUAUACGUGCUCUGACUGGCAGCACUGUAACAUUACAGUGUCUUGCUGAUGCUUACCCGCCGCCACAAGCUUACUGGACACUGAAUGGAGAGCAGAGGCUUUCAAAUGGAACAAAAUACAGAAUUCUCAACUCGCUAAGGGGUUAUACUUACAAAUUAAAUUUAAUGAUAGACAACAUGUCAAGAGAGGAUGCUGGUUCGUAUUGUUGCCACGUGGAAAAUAGACUCGGGCGAGCUCAAGCUGAGCUUUUUUUGCACAUGGUGACGACUACGUCUACAACAACUACGACGACAACAACAACAACCACUACUACUACCACUAGUACGACUGUUUUGCCGACAACCACAGUUUCAUUAUAUGGCACUGAAAGAGAGUUGGAGCAAUUGCAUACAGGAGUUAUAUCGGACCACGAAUCAGAAAAUGCCUAUGUGGUACUAAGCCAGCACCAAAUGCAGAAUCUCGAAAUGGCAACAACUAUGUGA